CUAAAACAGGAAAUAAAGAAGGUGUGAUGGAAGCCAAAGCACUAAAUAUUGACGUUUGAAAGGGACUUAAAGGGGGCCAGUUUGAGGUUCCUAUGAAGGAUGGCUGCUGAGGGGUUGAUGCAGGAGACAGUAGGGGCAGAGGUGGAGCUACUGGAAGAUGUAAAUAAUGCCUACAAGCAGAGCCCAAUGGACAUACCCCGGUUUUCUGUACCGCUCCCCUUCUCUAUGCCAGAUGAUUCGAGUGACGAUGACUGUGAUCUGCCCGAGAACAGCGUCUCUGCGUAUGGCAUGCAUUCUAUGGAGCUGGGAGGAAAGUGCUGGGAGUGUGGUGUACAGUUCAAGUCUAGCCAGGAGCUGAUUGACCACUUCGAGAGCCACAGGGACAAGGUCUCAACGUCCUGCAACAUAUGUCAGGUGACUUUCAGUCGGACAAUAUCGCUGGCCAUGCAUUUAGUCAAUGCACACCAAAACUCAGUCCUCCUGUGCCUCAGCUGUCAGCAGCAUUUCAGAAACCUGUGGGAACUCAACAAGCACGUAGGAAUGCACUUGUUUAACAAGUUAUUCAAUUCAACCCUUGAGGACAUUUCAAAUAAUAGCUCGAAUGGCGGUGAUGAGAUUUUAAAGAGAUGCUAUAGUCUGCCUUCAGCAGUGGCUCUUGACCAUGACUACAACUCAAAUGAUAGUUUGAAUGACAGUGAAGUGACUAUAAAGGAACAAUAUCCUCUAAAGUCAUCGGUUGCCAUGGAACAGGAGGUCAAAUCAAAUGGUGGCUUAAAUAACAGUGAAGACAUUUUAAAUGAACAUUAUACUCUACCUUCUACAGUAGCCAUCAAACAUGAGGACAUGACAAAUAAUGGUUUGAAUUUUAGUGAAAAGAUUGUGAAUAGACAAUUUACAUUACCUUCAGCAGUGGCUCUUGACCAUGACUACAAUUCAAACUAUAGCUUGAAGUGUGGUGAAGCAAGUUUAAGUAAGGGACCGUGUACUCUGUCACCAGCAGUAUCCCUGAAACGUGAAGAAGACUCAACGAAUGGCUUGAAUAACAGUGAAGAAACUUUAAAUGGACAUAAUUUUCUACCAUCGGCUGUGGGCCUUGACCAUACCUACAGCAUAGAAAGCAAUAUGAGUUCAUCAAAGACCAGACUUAGGCAUGAGGAAUCAGAUGAGAAGGAGGAGCCAGAAGAGCAGAAGGAAGAUAUCAAACCAGACCCCUCCACUCUGACCCCUUCACCGAGGGUCCAAGUCAAACCUGAGAGAGAGCUUGAGCUCGAUGGUGCACCCCUCCAAUGGGAUGAGUGGAUGAGUGAUGGAGAAGGUGAUCAGAGCGAAAACGCUGAGAGCGCUGGGGAAAGUGGCAGUGACUGUUUAACAGAGACCAGCGGGGGGAAAGAGAACGUUGGCAACGGCAGCGGGCUGAUUGAAGAGAAGGAAAUGAGAACGGAGUACGCGGGGAAAACGAAUGUCACCCGGAGUGAAAAACAGGACACAGAUGCUGAGACGACGAACGAUGAGGAUAGUGAUCCCUCAUGGUCCGAGCAGGACUCAGAAUUCGACCCAGAUGAGUUAUCGGAUUCUGGCAGUGGGGAAUCCAGUGGGUCUUCCUACAGUCCUGUACGCACUCGGAACGCCAAGAUGCGGCCGCCCAGGACCAAGCUGCCCCAGUCCAAGCUGCCCCUGGUCAAACCUUACUGUAUCUUUUGUGCCACAGGGCCAUAUCAUGACAUGGACUUUCACUUGAGAGGUUGCCGUUUGAAUGGCCUUACCUGCACUGAGUGCAGCUUAAUCUUCCAAAAUAGAAAAGCCCUGCAGAACCACAAAGUUUUGGUUCACGGAAAAUCUCCCACUAUGUGUGCCGUUUGUGGAAGAGGGCCAUUUAUUAAUAUCGAUUUCCACUUCAGGAGCUGCUCUAGGGAUUGGUUAUUCCAAUGCUCUGAGUGCAAAGUCCCAUUACCUUCAGAAAAAUCCCUGACAGACCAUAAUGUUCGCUAUCACAGUGCCCCAUCCAAGCCCUCUGAUGGUAUCUGUGUGUUUUGUGGCGGUGGACCAUUCACAAGUCUUGACCUCCACAUGAGUACCUGCUCUAAGCAGAAGGGCUUACAAUGCUCUGUGUGCCAAGUUUUCUUUCCUACUGAAUUGGUCCUGGCUGAACACAUGGUUAGCUAUCACAGUACCCCUUCCCAAGUCCAGAGCACAAACUCAGACACCUCUGAUGGCAAAGGUACCUGUGUUCAUUGUGGCAGAGGGCCAUUCACUAGUCUGGACAUUCAUUUGAGGACCUGCUCUAAGAAGAAAUGCAUCCAAUGUUCUUUAUGCAAGCUUUUCUUCCCUUGUGAUGUCUUGGCCGACCACAUGAUUUCUCAUCACAGUACCAAAUCUAAAGUUCAGAGCCCAGUCACAGAAACCCCUGACCAAAAUACCUGCAGCCGUUGUGGCAUGGGGCCAUUUAACAAUCUGGACAACCAUAUGAGGACCUGCUCUCAGAAGAAGUGCAUCCAGUGUUCUGUAUGCAAGCUUUUCUUUUCUGGUGAUGUCCUGGCUGACCACAUGAUUUCCUAUCACAGUACCAAAAGCCAGAGUCCAGUGGCUGAGUCCCCUGACAAAGGUGUAUGUGUCCAUUGUGGCAGAGGGCCAUUCACUAGUCUGGAACAUCACAUGAGGUAUUGCAAUAAGCAAAAUAGCAUCCAAUGCUCUAUGUGCAAAGCGAGCUUUCUUACAGAGGGCAGACUAGUGAACCAUAUUGUUUCGACUCACACCGACAAACUGGUGACCCAACCUGUUGGGUCCCCAGUUCCAGCAUUGCCCUACGUACCAAAGGCUAUCUCCACAACUUUAGGACAGCAGAGCCCCUGUAGCCCCACCCUAAUGUGUUAUAGUAGCGGAGUCAAGGAGCUGAAACAACUGGCCCCAGUCCCAGUGGCUGGUCAGGGCCCCAGUGCCGUUGGCCAGCUAACGCCUACUGCACUGUCUACUGUGUCUUUGCCUAGAAUAAUGCUGUCUACCACAUCAUCCUCCCCAUUGUUUCCCAACCCAGCUGUCCCUGUGAUGGCCACUUUGGUCUUGGACAACAACUGUGGUGGUCCAGGGAAAAUUGCCAGACUGGUGCCAAUGGUCCAACAGAUGAAUCCUCCCCAACUGCAGGUUAUAGCCGCCACACAGACUAACACAGCGAAGGCCCUCGGGCAGUUCUUUAACUAUUUGCAAGAGGACUUCCGUCAGACAAAAUCUGUCCAACAACAGUUAGCCCUGCCCACGGCCCCAUCCACGGACCUUAUCAGAUCCUCAAUCACCCCAUCCCCUAGACCCGUUUCAGUUGUGGCGCCGGGGCUAAUCACAGCGAUCAGGCUGUCCCCGUUCCCCACCCUCCCCCCAGGUCAGACUUUAGCCACUGCUGUUCCCCCUGCCCCGGCCCCUCUCAGCAUCAUGUACAUGUUUGUGAACAGAAGUAGGGAGCUGGCCCUGGAAAAACGCAUGAUGAUGAGCUGGCGUUCCAAGGGCGUCUACACAUGCCGACAGUGUGGCGUGGUCUCGCGACAGCCCUCGCUCAGUGUGAAGCACCGCUACCUCCAUCGGGGAUCCCGGCAGUACCGCUGCCACUGCGGCAGAUCGUUCCUGCGACGGAUGCACCUCCUGCGCCACUACCUCCUGCACGCCCAGGACACACGCUACAUAUGCACUGCCUGCGGGGAGACUUUUGAUGGGGCAAGGGGCCUCACACAGCACUUGAUUGUAACUUCUAAAACCACUAACUGUUCAGGUGACGGCAGAACUUUACAAACAAAAAAGGAGUGCCGGAUGCCCUUCACCUGUCACUGUGGACAGGUGUUUUGUAGGCCUGCAGCGUUUCUCUGGCACAAACUGAAAAGCACCCAAAGGACUUAACACUGGAAUGGGCCAUAUUCAAUGCAUUGGUUUCUUUCAUGAUCCACGCUGGCAGGAGAACGUAAUCUUUUACUGUGUUUAAGGGGUUUAAAACAUUGCAGUUUGUAUGAGUUGUAUGGGUUCAUUAUUAUUUUUUACUUUGAGUGAAUAAUUCUGUUCUGUAUGUGGAGUGCAAUACAUGCAAGUACUGCACAAUAUGUUCUGAUUUUCACUAAAUACUUCCAAAAAUACAAUCAUAUUAAAAUAUUUCACUUGA